CCCCCGCCUCCCGCUGCGCACAGAAAUAGAAAGGUUUGGCCGGAGCGGCAGCUGUAGGAGCAGCGAGGAGGAAAAAGCCCAGUGAGGAGCUCCGAGAGGUUCCAGGAGGAGACCGAGUUCAGCGCAGCUAGUUAGCCCGGAGCUCCGAACCGGGGCGGACAGAACCACCACACACUACAAGUUUGUUUAGUCCAGAUUGCCAGCCAUCAGGUGACAUCCUCCAGCCGCUGACGGGGGAAUGGCGCUGGACUUCGCUGCUGGAUGUGUCGGAGGUGCUGCUGGCGUUCUGGUCGGACAUCCAUUCGACACUGUGAAGGUGCGGCUGCAGGUUCAGAAUGUGGACAGGCCUCUCUAUCGCGGGACGUUUCACUGCUUCCAGUCCAUCAUACGGCAGGAGUCUAUGCUCGGCCUGUACAAAGGAAUCGGCUCUCCAAUGAUGGGGCUGACCUUCAUCAACGCCAUAGUUUUUGGUGUCCAGGGCAACGCCAUGCGCAAACUUGGCAGAGACACGCCUCUCAACCAGUUCCUGGCUGGAGCCUCUGCUGGAGCCAUCCAGUGCGUGAUCUGCUGCCCGAUGGAGCUGGCCAAGACGCGCAUGCAGAUGCAAGGGACUGGAGAGAAGAAGUCUAAGAAGAAGAUGUACAAGAACUCCCUGGACUGUCUGGUGAGAAUCUACCGGAGGGAGGGAAUCCGAGGCAUCAACCGCGGCAUGGUGACCACUCUGAUCCGGGAGACCCCUGGCUUCGGCGUGUACUUCCUCACGUACGACACGCUGACGCGCUCGCUGGGCUGCGAGCCAGAAGACCCCUACAUGAUCCUCAAGCUGCUGUUUGCCGGCGGGAUGUCGGGCAUCGCCUCCUGGCUCUCCACCUAUCCCGUGGACGUGAUCAAGUCUCGCCUGCAGGCCGAUGGAGUCGGCGGCGUCAACCAGUACAACGGCAUCAUGGACUGCGUCAGACAGAGUUUACAGAAGGAGGGCUGGAGGGUGUUCACGCGUGGCCUCACGUCCACUCUGCUGCGGGCCUUCCCAGUGAACGCCACCACGUUCGCCACCGUGACUCUGUUUCUGUUGUACAUGCGUGAGGGAGAGGAGUGCAGCAUUCAGGACUCGGAGCCGCAGUCUGUCCAGCUGCAGCCUCUGCAGCCACAGACGCAGCCAAGCAGCAUGUAGGCCGGCGCCGCCCAGCCGUCAGCGUCCAGCAGCCACCAGCAGCUCUAUGCAGCAGAAAGCCUCGUGCUCGCUGGUGGCCAUCAGGACAACGGUGAACUGGUUCUAAGCAUGUGUCCACGGAGCUGCAGCCACGUGGACACAUGUAGUAUUUAAAUAAUAGAUAUAUUUUAAGGUAAAAGCUGCACUUGUAAAUAUGGUCUCUUUUUAAACACCCUUGAGUUUGUACAUAUUUUGUUGAGUUUAAAGUCAAUGAGGAAGCUGAACAGCUGCAGUUACUGUAACACAGAAGUCCUAAAACAGAGUCACAGACAGACGUGCUGCUGUGUUCAGGUCAUAACCCAGUCUGCCUGGAGUCCACGUUACAAACUAAAGACACCAAAACCUGCUGUCCUGCCCUCCCUGAAGGGGGCGCUCUGAAUCACAGCGUGAUGUGUUUGCACUGUUCCCUUCUGCGGUCAGUAAAAUGAAAAGAUUUGAUGUGAUUGAUCAGUUUUUAGCGGUCGACUGAUCCUGUUUACAGCAUCCUGAGGUGAUGUUAUAGAUUCGUACUCGUAUGUACGUUUUUAAAGUUCAACAGUGUCGACUCUGUAGCUUCACUUUCCUUUGACAAGUCGUAGGAAUCUGAUGCGACGUGCGGCUGCUGUCUAAAGUUUUAAUACCAGUGGGGUUACUCCUGCCUUUUUAAUCUGCCUGCUGUCAUAACCCUGUUACAGGCUCUGGCCCGUUACAAUCCCACAUAAACAAUCAGAAAUCAAUCAUGUUAAAUGAUUUCUUUGAAACGAAAACCAAAUGUGAUGCAGUGUCAUGUGGUUUUUCUGCACAUCACCCAGCGUCCUAAGAAAGCACCUUAUGGUAUGAUGUUGAACACGCGUGUGGAUAGAAACACGUGUUUGCUUCUAAAGAUGUUGUAUUUUGUACUUUGCUGUAGAUCCUGUUACAGCGUCGAGCCAAACGGAUGCCUUAUUAGAAGCCUUGUUUUAAAGUCUAAAACGUAUUUUAAAGCUCCCGCUCCCUGUCAUCAGGACAGUGUUUAACAGGCUCCACAAGGGGGCGCUGUCAGACCAGUCCUGUACACUGAUACCUGCCACCUAGAGGCAGAGAAGGUCGUUGCUGCCUGCAGUUGAACAGAUCUGACUGUUUGUGCAUGUUUAAGAAGUCAGCUGUGGUACCUGUUACAUAAUUCUUCCAGCCUCCUCCUGACAGUGUCAGCCAGUACAGUGACCUCUGUACUCAUCCCAGUUCACUAUUUCACAGCCUAAACAUGUUUUCUUUGUAGUUUUAAGAGUAAACUACCACGUGGAGAGUAGAAACUGCAGGCAAGUGCUGAGAAAUGCACAGAGAGAGCAUUAGCUGCACCUUCACACCUCCGUAUUAAACUGUCAUAGAUGGAGAAGCUGCUGUGAACACCUUCACGGCUCCACCUGUGGGUGCAGGUCGUCUGAACUGCUUUGGCUUCGUCCAGAGACAUGAUGAUGUACGGACUGAAGUGAGUCGUGUUGGUUUUCCUCAUGUCUGUAGUUCUGAGGAGCUUUCUUGGCUUUAGAUUUGCCUUAAUUGCAACCCUGUGUUCUUGUAGUUUUUUUUCUGUUUUUCAUUUAAAGUGUGGCUUCGUCUUUAUCGGUGGACGACACGUGAUUCCUGAUGUCUUUGUAAAACGUUGCUUUAAAUGUUGCUGUUGUGUUCUGUACAAUACGUUGCACCAAAGUAGUCCUCGUGUAGUUCUGUAAGAGAAUGGUGAAAUAAAAAGACUUUUACGGGUA